AUGGCCAUCAGUGUUGUCUGCAAGGUUGUUGGCAUUGGCUCUAUAAGAAUAAGGACGCAUGAUGGGGUGUUCUGCACCUCGAACGAUGUUAGGCAUGUUCUACAGAUGACCAAGGAUCUGAUAACACUGAGUGCUUUUGACAGUUCCAUCGUGACAGGCUGUGCUGAUACUGCAUCAUCCGAGAUGCCGGCCGAGAAUAUGACAAAGCUAUGGCAUAUGGGGCUGGGUCAUAUGGGAGAACGAAGGAUGCAAAUUCUGUCAAAGCGUGAUUUUCUCUCUAGGCAUAAAGUGAAGAAUCUGGAUUUCUACGAACAGUGUAUUUUUGGGAAGCUUUAUCGUAACAAGUUCCCAAAGAAGGGUGUUCAUCGGACCAAGGGGACACUCAACUACAUUCACAUGGAUUGUUGA